UUUAUUUAUGCAGACAGCAUCUAUAUUUAAUGGAAAGUACGUAGUAUAGAAGAAAAUAUCUUCUGGAUCUUUUGGUGUGGUUUUAUUAGGACAUGAUAAAGAUAGAAAUAUAGAUGUAGCAAUAAAAAUAGAGAAGGAAGAAAAUGAGGAUGUGCGUUCUUUAGAAAGAGAAGUUUAGGUUUUAGAAAGACUAAAUGGAAUUGAAGGAGUUCCUAAAUUAUAUUGGCAUGGAGAGUAGGAUGAAUAUAAUGUUAUUGUGAUGCAAAUAUUAGGAAAGGAUUUAGCUUACUAUUUGAAGAGCAAAAAGAGGUUCUCAUUUAAAACAACAAUCUAAUUGGGAAUAUAAAUAGUAAAAGUUUUAGAGAGAAUUCACAAUAAAGGAGUUGUUCAUAGAGAUUUAAAACCAGAAAAUGUUUUAUUCGGAGUAGAUGAUGAAUGUUCUAAAAUUUAUGUGGUUGAUUUUGGAAUAAGUAAAGUAUAUCGAGAUAAACAUGGAAACAUUCAGUAAUUUUGAAUAAUAUAGUAAGUCCUUUCCGUGAUAAUACAUCCUUUAUUGGCACUACUAGAUAUGCAUCGAUAGCAGCACAUAAGGGUUACGAAUUGAGCAGAAAAGAUGAUAUUGAAUCACUCAUUUAUGUUCUGCUAUAUUUUAUGAAAGGGUAACGGAAUUUUGAUUUAUAAAAAGUCUAGGCAGCUACCAUGGCAAAACAUGUAGAAUGUUAGUGAUGAGGAAAGAACAUCCAAAGUUGGAGAAAUGAAGAUGUCCAUAGAUCCUAAAGAAUUAUGCAAAGAUGUACCUAAUGAAUUUGCUAUUAUACUAGAGUACAUAUUAUAUGUAACCCUAGGUACCUUAAGUAAUUGCAAUAUUUAAGUGAGCCAAAUUAUAAUUUUGUUUAUUAAUAGUUUGAAAAAGCAGCAGAAAAUUUGGGAGUUUAAUUGGACAACUCAUUUGAUUGGGAUUAAUAAUAACCAAUGAAAAUUUCAUAAAGUGUACAUUCUGAAACCAUGCAACGAUCCACUACAUUGAAUUAAUAAUUAUAGCUUCCAUCAACAGGAGAAAUGAAAAAGUCUCUUGAUAAACAAGGAAGCAAUCUGAUCAGAUAGUAUAAAUCCAUAUAUAUAUCUGAUUAGAAUGAGUAAUAAUCAAUUCUUAGCUCCUCCUUUAUCAAAUUAGUUAUAGCCUCCUGCUUUAAAAAGAUAAGAUUCAUCACAGUAGCCAAGUAUUGUAUCAGGAAGUGUGAUGCUGAGCACAUACAAUUCGAUAAGACCUAAAUAUUAGGCUUCUUAAUUGGGUUUUGAUGUUAAACUUAGUCUUGAUACUAUACCGAAAGAGUGCAAUAAAGAAUAGAAUAGAACACAAGAGUAAAAGAUAAUUCAAAAUCCUUAUACUGAAACUGUUGGCUGGAGAGAUUCUGUCUUUGAGGAGAACUUUGAUGAAAUCCCUUUAUCCAAAAAAUAUGGAAUGCUUUAAUAAAAAGGAGUUGAUAUGUAGAUUAAUUUAUUAUUUUAUCUAGCUACAGAAAGUAAAUGAACUCUAGUGCAAGUCCAAACAGACAAAAGAAAAAAAAUUGA